ACUGCUAGGAGUGACGAACUGGGACCAUGGGAUGUGUGUUGUAUCCUCUUCUGAGUCCAUGUGAACACCAGUGGGAUAUUCGGGUGUGAGAAGAUAGACAGUUUACAGUUGAACCUACAGAGGAGAGGACCAACAAACUGAGAGAGCAUCAGUGGCACCUUUUCUUAACUUCAAAAACUCUACCUGUUGACAGUAACAUGCCCCUGACCCGUUCCUUGUCCAUGACGUCACUGAGCGGUCUGCCUCUGUGGGAUGAGGAAGAUCUACCUGUAGACGACCUGCUGCUGUUUGAGGUUGCCUGGGAGGUCACUAAUAAAGUGGGUGGGAUCUACACAGUUAUCCAGACCAAGGCCAAGAUAACAGUGGAUGAAUGGGGGGAGAACUUAUUCAUGAUGGGGCCGUACUACGAACACAACUUUAACACCCAGGUGGAGCAGUGUGAGCCCCCCAACCCAGCCAUCAAGAAAGCCAUGGGCGCCCUCAUUGACAACGGCUGCCUGGUGUACUUUGGGCGCUGGCUGAUUGAGGGCAGUCCCUAUGUGAUCCUAUUUGACACGGGGUCAGCAGCCUGGAACCUGGACCGAUGGAAGGGGGAUCUGUGGGACACCUGUGGUAUCGGCCUGCCCGCCCAUGACAGAGAGGCCAACGACUCACUCCUCUUUGGAUCCAUGGUUGCCUGGUUCUUUAAAGAGUUAACCGACGAGCUUGGAGACUCGCCCAAUGUCCUCGCCCAUUUCCAUGAGUGGCAGGUCGGGGCGGGACUUAUUCUCUGUCGCUCUCGGAAGAUUCCCUUGGCAACCAUUUUCACAACCCACGCCACUCUGUUGGGAAGAUACAUCUGUGCCGGAAAUGUUGACUUCUACAACAACCUGGACAAGUUCAACAUAGACCAAGAGGCUGGUGAGAGGCAGAUCUACCAUCGCUACUGUCUGGAGAGAGCUGCUGUCCACUGUGCCCAUGUCUUUACAACUGUAUCCCAUAUCACUGCUGUAGAGGCGAACCACAUGCUGCACAGGAAACCAGAUGUGGUGACUCCAAACGGAUUGAACAUCAAGAAGUUCUCAGCCAUGCACGAGUUCCAGAACCUUCACUCCACUAAUAAGGGUCAGAUUCAGGAAUUCAUCAGGGGACACUUCUAUGGUCAUCUGGACUUCAAUCUGGAGAAAACUCUCUUCUUCUUUAUUGCUGGACGAUAUGAGUUCUCCAACAAGGGAGUUGACAUCUUCCUGGAGUCACUGUCCAGACUCAACUAUCUGCUAAGGGUGCAUAAGAACGACGUCACAGUGGUGGUGUUCUUCAUCAUGCCAGCCAAGACCAACAACUUUAACGUAGAGACGCUGAAGGGUCAGGCGGUGCGCAAACAGCUCUGGGACACUGCUCACACUGUGAAAGACAAGUUUGGCAAGAGGCUUUAUGAGGCGUUGUUAAAAGGAGACAUCCCUGAUAUGAACACCAUCCUGGACAGAGACGACUUCACCAUCAUGAAGAGAGCCAUCUAUGCCACACAGAGACACACCCUUCCUCCAGUGACCACUCACAACAUGCUGGAUGACACCUCCGACCCCAUCCUGGCCAAUGUGAGACGCAUCGGCCUCUUCAACGCUCGCACUGAUCGAGUCAAGAUAGUGUUCCACCCAGAGUUCCUGUCGUCCACCAGUCCCCUGCUUCCUAUGGACUAUGAGGAGUUUGUACGAGGAUGUCACCUGGGGGUCUUCCCUUCUUACUACGAGCCCUGGGGAUACACACCAGGUGAGUGUACUGUGAUGGGGAUACCCAGUGUGACCACCAACCUGUCUGGCUUUGGCUGCUUCAUGGAGGAACAUGUGUCAGACCCCACAGCAUACGGGAUCUACAUAGUGGACCGGCGGUUCCGUUCGGCAGAUGACUCGUGUAACCAGCUGACCCAGUUCAUGUUCGGGUUCUGCCAGCAGUCCAGACGACAGCGCAUCAUCCAGAGGAACCGCACAGAGAGACUGUCGGACCUGCUGGACUGGAGGUACCUGGGACGGUUCUACAUGCACGCCCGGAGCCUGGCUCUCAGCAGGGCUUUCCCUGACAAGUUCAAGAUGGAGCCGCUGGCCCCGCCACAGACAGAGGGAUUCCGUUACCCCCGCCCCGGCUCUGUGCCCCCCUCCCCCUCAGCGUCGGUGCACUCCACCCCCCACCACAGUGAUGAGGAGGAUGAUGAAGAGCCGUAUGAUGAAGAUGAGGAGGCGGAGAGGGACAGGCAGAACAUCAAAGCCCCAUUCACUCUGGGUGCCACGCCCGAGGGCAAGAAGACACACCCAGGAGAGUCUGCCAACUGAGAGAUCUCUCGCUACGAGCCUGGGAUGGCCAAUCCUGGUCCUUGAGAGCUGCAGUAUGUGGAGGUUUUGCUCCAGCCCAGAAUGUACAACAUUAGCUCUGUUGUAGGGACACUGAGUCUCAAGUAGCUGAUACACAUACUACCUAUGUAUAUUUUCUAAGAGAAAAUGCCUAUUCUUUUGAUGCUAAAAGUCCCCUCACGCCCAUAGGAUAUGAGACAUGAAUAGUUUAAUCAAUAGUUAUAUUUCAGUAAUUGCAUUGAGCGGUCUCUCGCUCUAUAGCCUGGGAUGGCCAAACCUAGUCCUGAACACAUUACUUCUAUGAUCAGAUAUACCCCCAGACAAGUGUUGCUAUGAAUUCUAAAUCAUUUUAUUCCACAUUUUAUUAAAUAAUACAUUUUCAGUGUAGCCGUACUUCGAGUCCAGUGUUUUUCUCACAUGGCAUUAAAAUAUUCGACAUCCAACAAGAGAUCAACAGAUGCAAUAGACUAGAAUGUUAUCAACAAUAAUAAAUACAUUAUGAAACGCAUCAGAAGUACUCUCUUUUCCAUGCCGGCAAGUCUUGAAAGUACAGUUGUUCAAGAUUUUCUUCUCCUGAAACAAAAAAAGUCAACAGUGCAAUUACUGUCAUGUCUUGUUAUGUCUGUUCCUGUCCUUUCUCUUCACUCUGUCUCUCUCUGCUGGUCUUAUUAGGUUACCUUCUCUGUCUCUCAUUCUUCAGCUGUUCUACAUCUCCCCUAACUAGCUCAUUCACUCUUUCCCACCUGUUCUCUCUUCCCCCUCUGAUUAGGUCUCUAUUUCUCUCUCUGUUCCUGCUACUUUCAGUGUCUGAUUCUUGUUUGUGUUUUUGAUGCCAGAAGCAAGCUGUCGUCUCGUUUGCUUCCACCUUGUCCUAUCCUGUCGGAGUCUGCCUGGCAGGUGCAUCCUGCAUUAUACUAACGUUCUUUUUGUUCCAUUGACUACGUUGGAAGAGGAUUUAUGCCAUUCCUGUUUUUCAUUAAAGAACUCUGUUUUCUG